AUCUUCUUUCCCUUUUCUUCACCUUUCCACGCUUCGAGUGCAGUGUGACAUAAUCGCCAAUUAUUUUCUCCUCCCGCAUCAGUGUGCAGCCUGGGUUUAGUUUAUAUAUUAUUAUAUAUGUAUAUGCGUAAUACGAUAAUAUCGGAAUCUCGAAUGGCCGAGAUCGCAGUGCCUCGUAAUACAACCACCACUGUUACUAGUCGCGUUUCAAAUUGUAUAACCGGUGGUAUCGGUGCACCGUCAUCUUCAUCGUCAUCGUCGUCGUCAUCUUCGUCGACGUCGACGACCACGAUCAUGAUCGUCGCAAUAAUACUCGCCCUCGUCACUCAGCACAACGGGGUUCAGGCUAAUUGGUGGUACUUGGGCGUCGAGCCGAGACUGCUCGUCGUUGCCUCAAAAAAUGGUACCGAAAAUCCUGGCCAAUCCAUCGGCGCCGGUGUCGUUGGUCCAGCCAGCGCUGAGAGGAAUUGCAAGACGUUGCAUCUCACACCGAAACAACAAGAAAUCUGCACCCGAUCGCCUCCGGUUUUGCAGGCUAUUAGCGCCGGGGCGAGACUGGCGAUCGAGGAAUGCCAACAUCAGUUCCGAUCGGCCAGAUGGAACUGCUCGGUGAAUAUCGACACACCGAAUAAUAUUUUCGGCGGCGUUAUGUCAGUCAAUAGCCGCGAAGCCGCCUUCGUUUACGCGAUAUCUGCCGCCGGGGUUGCUUACAGCGUUACGCGAGCUUGCGCCAGGGGUGAAUUGAACGAUUGUUCCUGCGACAAUCGGGUCAGGACGCGGCAACCCAGACAUUGGAAAUGGGGCGGAUGUAGCGAGGAUAUUCAUUUCGGUGAGAAAUUUUCUCGCGAAUGGUCCGACGGCGGCGAGGAACCUGUGAAAGAAGGUAAUUUGUCCGGGCCGACAGGACUCGCUGGACAAUUGAUGAGGAAACACGAUAGCGAGGCCGGGAGAAGAGCCGUUCGGUCCAGAAUGCAACGGAUCUGCAAAUGUCACGGUAUGUCUGGCUCGUGCAGCGUAAGAGUAUGCUGGCGAAAGUUGCCGCAGUUCAGAGUUGCAGGAGCGGCGUUGGCCGCCCGUCACGAGGGUGCAGCUCUGGUUAGACUCGCUCAGAGGGGCGGUCGAAGACCCGCCAGACUUAGACCAGCCAGACCAGAUCUGAAACGGCCUAACAAAACGGACCUGGUUUAUCUGGAAGAUAGUCCCGAUUACUGCGAGAGAAACAUCACACUCGGAAUACCUGGGACUCGGGGAAGGCUUUGCAACAGGACAUCUCCGGGUCUCGACGGAUGUCGGCUGCUUUGUUGCGGUCGUGGUUAUCAGACGCGAGUACGGGACGUUACCGAGAAAUGCAAUUGCAGAUUUGUAUGGUGUUGUCGGGUGCAGUGCGACGACUGUCGACACACGCGCGAGGAGCACGUUUGUAACUGAGGUUAAUCAUUCACUUUCACCCAAAUAUUAACUAUAUAUUUAAAUAUAUAACGGUAAUAUUUAAUUUUAUCCACAAAACUCUGUAUUAUUAAUAUUAUUAUUAAUAUUGUUAUAUUUUUUUAUGCGUCGAAGUGGAAAACCCGUAAUUUAUUGUUGAAAGUCAUCGAGUCUUUUGGUGUCGAUUGAACAGAAAUUAUAUUAAAGGAUAACGAGUAAAGUAACUGGCACUAAUUAAUAUUUGCUAAUCGUCUCUUGAUCAGUUUUUUUCGGGACUUACUUUAUGAAAAGAAUUCGAUUAUUUCAGUAAAUCAAGUUUCGUUUCUCAAUCAGCAUUCGUUGAUUAUUUGAUUUCCAGAACAAAUAAAAAUAAAAAAAAUAAAUAAAUGAAUAGAAAAUAAAGAAAUUUCUGCUUCCGAAAAAGAACAAUUAUCUUUCCAAAGUAAAACUUUAUUCUAUACGUGAAUAAUAUUAUAUAUAAUAAUAAGUAAAAUAUUGUAAUUAAUAAUAAUAUAAUUAUUAAUCACCUAUAAUAUCCGAGAGUUUGCUCGACUGAUUGAGAGUUUGAUAAAUUCAAGACGUUAAUACCGGAUUAUAUACAUUUUUUUAAGGCUAAAAGAGGCUACGAGGUACUUACCAGACAAACAUAACAUUUAUAAACCGUAUGAACCCUGAAAACCGUGUAUUUUUACGUGUUUGAAUGUAUGAAGAAUGAGUGGUAGUUCUUUUUUUUUUUCUUUAUUUCUAUGCCGCUGACUCUCGGAAUCUCGAUUGCGAAUAUAAAUUUCAUAUAACUACCUAAUCCACGAUAAUAAUUAAGAUGCCAAUGCUCUCUAGCGCCUAGGAUUUUUGACCUAAGUACGCCUGACGGUACUUAUAUUAUUGAUAUAAAUUAUAUACGAAAUAAGUUGAGAAGAA